ACAGAUGUGGAGACGUGAAUAUAAAAAAUGCCCGGUCAGUAUCCGCGGACGUAUCCGAAUGUGUCCGCGGACAUAUAGGGGAGCCGGAUUUGUCAAAGUCCGGCCGUAGAUGCUCUAAUGGGCCGAAUCGGAAAUGCAGUUUAGGUCUGCCUCCCAGCCCUCGUCCCUGCCACCCCUAAAAAAAAACAAAUCCCUCGUCCCUGCCACUCUGCACCUCUUCGCCCUCGUCCCCUUCCCCUCCAUCUCAAUCCCUUCGCUCUCUCUCUCCUCUCGUCCCCUCACUGAAUCCCCACUCCGCAAGAAUCUCUCACUCACCAACACAACAUCAACCAAUGCUGGCUGAUUCCAAGAUGGAUCCAACGAAUAGUAGGCAAGGGUCUUGUUCUUGAGCGGAGCAGCGCGAGCUUGAGGCCACCGGCGGCGGCGGCUCUUGCUCCAGCGGGCUGGGGAAGGGGCGGAGGCUGCGACCUCACCCGGCGGCGCCAGAUCUUUCCGAUUCCGACUCGUUGGCCUCCCAAUCUUAAAUCUUUGCCUGCAGGCACGGCCCGCGAUGCCGCCGCCGCGUGUGCGGGAGUUGGGGGAGAUGUACGAGCUCGUGGAGGAGAUCCUGCUCCUCAUCCCGCCUGAGGAGCCCGCGGUCCUCAUCCGCGCCUCCCUCGUCUGCAAGGCGUGGUGCCGCCUCCUCUCCGGCCACGCCUUCCGCAGCCGCUACCGCACCUUGCACAAAACACCUCCAGUCCUGGGCUUCUUACAAAGGUGGGAGGACAACGUGGGGCGCUCCGUCCCCACCACAAAGUUCCGCCCCCGCAAUCCCGAGCGGCGGGACAGUUAUGUGCUCGACUGCCGCCAUGGCCGCAUUCUUCUUGGGUGUAGGUGGUACGAUGAGGGGGAGGAGGAAGCUGACGAGCAGUUGAAAGAGGAAGACGAUGAUAUCGAGGAGGACGGUGAGGGGGAAGAAGCUGACAAGGAGGAGGAAGAAUAUGAUACGGAUGAGGAGGGGGAGGAGGACGACGAAGAUGAAGAUGAGGGGAAGGAAGAUGACAGGGUCGUUAGUAUACUCGUCAGAGACCCGGGAAUGGACCUCAACAGCCACUAUUCACAUCGGUGGCGUUGGAAGAUUUGAAGACUACAUCAUCGGAAGGCCCAGUGUCUUUGUUGGACAAGCGCUCCACUUCCUCCUUCACGGGGAUCCAACUGUGGCCAACAUUUUUAUUCUCAAGUAUGACUUCCAUAGGCAUCGCCUAUCAGUCAUUGAUCUGCCAGAGCUGUGUGCGAGCAGCUGGACCCCCCCUCCUCAUCUCGGUGGAUGACAGUGGGCUGGGGCUCGUCCACCUAGACCAGGAUGGGCUAUGCUCCAUUUGGUCGGUGGAGGUGAGUGUUGAUGGAGUAUCGUCGUGUAUCCAACUCAAAGAAAUGGACCUCAAGGCGCUUGUCCCCAUUGGCUAUCCCAUGAGCUCAGACUCUCUAAAGUUGGUUGGCUGGGUGGAGGGCACCGAUAUCAUCAUUGCGGUCACAGAUCUUGGUGUGUUCACAAUUGAUCUCAAGUCUUUGAGGUUGAGGAAGUUGUCGAGUAAGCCAUAUAGUUUCACAUUCAAGCGAGAUUCAUUUAAAAACCUCUUUCUCUACACGAGCUUCAACAAUCCGCCAGCGGUGGCAGGUGCUGUGGCCGUGGCUGAAGCAAGAUCAGCAAGUUAAGCAGGACGUCAGAACGCAGCAGUUUGAAUCUCGGGCAAGCCGUUGAAGCAUGGAAGUUGAGCUUGAUCUUUUUGUGGUGGUUCUCAUUCUGAGUCAUAUCCUAUGUUUGAUAUGGGAGUCUUAGCUCUGGUAUCUUGUCAAGGGUCAGUUGUAAGUUGGUUACCCAGCAUGCAUGCAUGCUUGCUCCUCUUUGCAUGGCUUAUCACACUGUACUUCCAGUAACUGGUGGAAGAUAUGGUCACGAAAAUUGUCAAGCUCUUGUUCCUUUAGUCAUUUUGUUGGCUUGUCAUUCUGUUCCUUAUGAGUGUGGUUUUCUGUAGCUCAGGCUACACGGUAUCCCUUAUCUUUGUCAUCC